CCUCAGACGCGCGCAAACCCGGAAGCAGAUCGCAUGGAGUGAAGGUCCCACAGCGGCGCGAUUGACAUCUAAAGACUCUUUGUACGUGAGGAAGAAACCUGGAAGAGGAAGAGGAAAGCAAAGGAGUCAGGGAUGGCCCUUUCUCAGAGUCUGUUGACAUUCAGGGACGUGGCCAUAGAAUUCUCUCAGGAGGAGUGGAAAUGCCUGGACCCUGCUCAGAGGACUCUAUACAGGGACGUGAUGUUGGAGAAUUAUAGGAACCUGGUCUCCCUGGGUAUCUCUUCCAAAUGCACACUGAAGGAGUUCUCAUCAACAGCACAAGGCAAUAGAGAAGUGAUCCACACAGGGACAUUGGAAAGACAUGAAAGUCAUCACAUUGGAGAUUUUUGCUUUCAGGAAAUUGAGAAAGACAUUCAUAACUUUGAGUUUCAGUGGCAAGAAGAUGAAAGAAAUGGCCAUGAAGCACCCAUGACAAAAAUCAAAAAGUUGAUGGGUAGUACAGAGCAAUAUGAUCAAAGUCAUGCUGGAAACGAGCCUAUUAAAGAUCAGCUUGGAUCAAGCUUUCAUUCGCAUCUGUCUGAACGCCACGUAUUUCAGCCCAAAGGGAAAAUUAAUAGUCAAGUUGAGAAGUCUAUCAGUGAUGCUUCCUCGGUUUCAACAGCCCAAAGAAUUUCUUGUAGGCCCAAAACCCAUAUAUCUAAUAACUAUGGGAAUAAUUUUCUGAAUUGUUCAUUACUCACACAAAGACAGGAAGUACACAUGAGAGAAAAAUCUUUCCAAUGUAUUGAGAGUGGCAAAGCCUUUAAUUAUGGCUCACUCUUAAGGAAACAUCAGAUAAUUCAUCUAGGAGGGAAACAAUAUAAAUGUGAUGUAUGUGACAAGGUCUUUAAUCGGAAGCGAUACCUUGCACGCCAUCAUAGAUGUCACACUGGUGAGAAACCUUACAAGUGUAAUGAGUGUGGCAACUCCUUCAGUCAGAUGUCAUCCCUUACAUAUCAUCGUAGACUUCAUACUGGAGAGAAACCUUACAAAUGUGAAGAAUGUGACAAAGCUUUCAGACACAAUUCAGCCCUUCAAAGACAUAGGAGAAUUCAUACUGGAGAGAAACCACACAAGUGUAAUGAGUGUGGCAAGACCUUUAGUCAGAAGUCAUACCUUGCAUGCCAUCGUAGCAUUCAUACUGGAAAGAAACCUUACGAAUGUGAAGAAUGUGACAAAGCUUUCAGUUUCAAAUCAAACCUUGAAAGUCAUAGGAUAACUCAUACUGGAGAGAAGCCAUACAAGUGUAAUGAUUGUGGCAAGACCUUCAGUCAUAUGUCAACCCUUACAUGCCAUCGUAGACUUCAUACUGGAGAGAAACCUUUCAAGUGUGAAGAAUGUGAUGAAGCUUUCCGUUUCAAAUCAAGUCUUGAAAGACAUAGGAGAAUUCAUAAUGGACAGAAACUGUACAAAUGUAAUGAGUGUGACAAGACCUUCAGUCAGGAGUUAUCCCUUACAUGCCAUCAUAGACUUCAUAGUGGAGAGAAACCUUACAAGUGUGAAGAAUGUGACAAAGCUUACAGUUUCAAAUAAAAUCUUGAAAUAUGUCAGAAAAUUCAUACUGGAGAGAAAUGUUACAAGUGUAGUGAUUGUGGCAAGACCUUCAGUCAUACGCCAUCCAUUGUAUACCAUCAUAAAUUUCAUAGUGGAGAGAAACCUUACAAAUGUGAAGAAUGUGAUGAAGCUUUCAGUUUCAAAUCAAACCUUGAAAGACAUAGGAGAAUUCACACUGGUGAGAAACCUUACAGGUGUAAUAGGUGUGGCAAGACCUUCAGUCAUACUUCCUCCUUUACAUGCCAUCGUAGACUUCAUACUGGAGAGAAACCUUACAAAUGUGAAGAAUGUGAUGAAACUUUCAGAUACAAAUCAAACCUUGAAAGACAUAGGAGAAUUCAUACUGGAGAGAAACCGUGCAAGUGUAGUGAGUGUGGCAAGACCUU